UGUGUGUGUGUGUCUCCUCAUUUAGCAGACACGCUACUGGGACUCAGUAAUUUUCAUUUGAUCUGGACCAGGACUUUUCUCCAGACAUGACUCAGGUUUCUAUGAUGGGUUUUGUGCUUCUUUUGUUUGUGGCUGUGAAUUGUGAGAAUCUUCAAAACGGUGAACUAGAGUUAGCUGUAAAAAACAAGAACCCACCGUUUGAUGGAGGUUUUAGAAGUGGAGCAAGUGAUGCCAGGGGGUCAAGAGAUGCAGGACCUGGUUCUGGAGUAAAAUUUAAAAUCUAUCCCAUCAAAAUCAGUGUGAAGAACCAGCUUGAGGGGCCACGUUUUAAACCCAAGGUCAAAGCUAUUCCCAUCUCAGAGGGAGGAACCUUCUACAACAAUGAGGUUAUUGGUAGCUAUCCUGCAAUAGAUGAAGAUACUAGAAAAGUAGCUGAGAAUGUCAGGUAUGCCAAAGUCUCAGACCCUGAAAACUGGCUGACUAUUGACCCAGAGACAGCUGAGAUCAAACUCAACAAGAGACCUGAUAGGGAGUCUCCAUACCUGGUCAAUGGGACAUAUUUUGCCAAAGUUAUCUGCAUUACAGAAGACAUGUCUAGUAAAACAGCCACUGGUACCAUAGCCAUCCAGGUUGAAGAUUUGAAUGACCACUGUCCCAUCCUGACCAGUAAUACCUAUAUUAUAUGCACCAGAGAGAAUACUGUCAUUCUGAAUGCCAAUGAUGAGGACGCAUUUCCUAAUGGGCCUCCUUUUGAUUUUGAGAUCAUCCCAGAAGGCACCAAAGGACAAUGGUGAGUGGAGCAUCUCAGUGACACUGCAGCUAUUUUGCGGGCUCAGGAGUCCGUGGGGCCUGGUAUCUACACGGUGGAAUUAGUGGUAAAAGAUCAGCAGGGACAUUUCUGUCCAGAACCACAAAAAAUUACGGUUCGAAUUUGCAGCUGUGAGGAUGGAGUCAUGUGUGGAAACACUCAGCCAAUCAAAGGAGCACGAUUAGGAUCUGCAGGGAUUGGGACACUAGUACAGGGACCAUUGCUGGUGCUGCUACUUGGUUCUCUGCUGCUGAUCUCCUGUCACUGUAGACGUGCUGCAAGAGAUUUGCCCACAACAAAUACUGUCAAGGUUAAAAAUCGAGCUGAGGCUCAACAAGAGGUGGAGGAAUUGACGCUGGAAUAAGUCUGCCUGACAACUUUCUUGUACAGUGUUAAACUCAGGUCAGUAAUCUGAAGGUUCUGAGGUGACAGGCAGUAGCUAACCUUGUGAUGCUGAAUUUUUUACA